AUGGAAAAGCGUAAGAAAGAUACAAAAUCAAAGCAAAGACAGUUCUGUGAUAAAUACCUGUUGUAUGGAUUCACCUGCACCUCGGCGGAUCCUCCGCAGCCUCAGUGUUUCUUUUGCGGCGAGGUCUUGGCUAACACCUCGAUGAAGCCAUCACAUCUACAGCGACACUUGACCACAAAACAUCCAGAAAGUGCGGGUAAAGCGGAAGAGUUUUACAAACGAAAGCUGAUGGGAUUUAAGACGAGUCAGUCCGUCAUUAAAAAGGCCGCAAGUGUCUCAAGCAAAGCGUUGGAGGCCUCCUACGCCGUGUCAUUGCUUGUGGCCAAAUCCAAAAAGCCACAUACAAUAGUCGAACAACUGAUCCUCCCUGCCGCGACUGCUUUGGCUGAAAAAAUGAUUGAUAAAAGAGCAGCAGACGCAUUCAAAACAGUCCCGUUGUCAAACAACACAGUGUCCCGACGAAUCGCUGAUAUGUCAAGCAAUAUUGUGGAGCAAGUAGUGUCUAAAAUGAGGCGAGCGGGACACUUUGCUCUCCAGCUGGAUGAAAUGACAGAUGUCAGCGGAGAAGCCCAGCUCUUAGCGUUUGUACGGUACAAAGAUGAAUCGGACAUAAAUGAGCACGUACUAUUUUGCAAAGCACUGCCAGGAAAGACAACGGGUGAAGAGAUAUUCCAGGUGAUCGACAGCUUUUUUAAAGAGCACGAUAUUGAGUGGACGUACUGUACGCACAUCUGCACAGACGGCGCUGCUGCUAUGUCCGGGGGAGUAAAGGGACUUCUUGGCCAGGUGAAAAAGGUAAAUACCGAGAUCAAAUGGUUGCACUGUAUUAUCCAUCGCGAAGCCUUGGCCAGCAAGAGAGUGAGCCCUGAGUUGAGCGCCGUUUUAGACGAUGCCGUAAAAGUAAUCAACUUUAUUCACUCGCGUCCACUCAACCGCAGACUUUUCCAAACGCUGUGUCAGGAGAGCGGCACCGAGCACGAACAGCUUCUGCUUCAUACGGACGUGCGCUGGCUGUCUCGCGGGAAAAAACACUACUGA